AGAGAGAGAGAGAGAGACAAAGGGGAGCAGAGCCUGAAGCCCACACAAGAGUAUCCUGUGUACGCCGUAGAGUUUGAGAACAAAAUAUUUACCAAUAUAAAUUCUCCAUAAACAGAUUUUACACAUAUAUCAUGAAUUUUUACAAGGAUUGUGGACUAAUCCCAUCAUGAAAACAAUUGAAGGAGCACCUUUGUCACACUGAAAGAUCCUGAAUUCCCUUUUUUCUCCCUUUAAGCUGCUUUUCAAACACAAGGAAAAUGAAUUUCUCCACUUAUUUUGAAAAUCUAUCAGUUCCUAACAACAUUUCAGGUAAUAUUACAUUCCCUAUAUCGGAAGACUGUGCUCUGCCUCUGCCUAUGGUUUUUACUCUUGCUCUUGCCUAUGGGGCUGUUAUCAUUCUUGGACUUUCUGGAAAUCUGGCUCUAAUUAUCAUCAUUUUAAAGCAGAAGGAAAUGCGAAACGUCACCAACAUCCUCAUCGUGAACCUUUCUUUUUCGGAUCUGUUGGCAACAAUCAUGUGUCUCCCUUUCACACUGAUUUACACGCUUAUGGACCACUGGAUUUUUGGAGAAGUCAUGUGCAAACUAAAUGAGUACAUACAGUGUGUUUCAGUGACCGUUUCCAUUUUUUCUCUGGUUCUUAUUGCAAUUGAACGUCAUCAAUUGAUAAUAAAUCCUCGUGGGUGGAGACCAAAUAACAGACACGCCUGCUUUGGUAUAACUGUGAUAUGGGGUUUUGCCAUGGCUUGCUCUACACCUUUAAUGAUGUACAGUGUUUUAACCGACGAACCAUUUAAAAACAUAAGCCUUGACUCCUACAUAGGAAAAUAUGUUUGUCUGGAAGAUUUCCCGGAGGACAAAUUCAGACUUUCUUAUACAACAUUGCUCUUUAUCCUACAGUACCUUGGGCCACUUUGUUUCAUUUUUGUUUGCUACACAAAGAUAUUCCUACGAUUAAAAAGACGAAACAAUAUGAUGGACAAGAUUAGAGACAAUAAGUACCGAUCCAGUGAAACAAAAAGAAUUAACAUCAUGCUCUUAUCCAUUGUGGUGGGAUUUGCUCUUUGUUGGCUUCCAUUCUUCAUCUUUAAUUUGGUGUUUGAUUGGAAUCAUGAAGCAGUUGCAACCUGCAACCACAACUUAUUAUUUUUGAUUUGCCACCUUACGGCAAUGAUCUCCACCUGCGUGAACCCCAUUUUUUAUGGUUUCCUCAACAAAAACUUCCAAAGGGAUUUACAGUUCUUCUUCAAUUUUUGUGAUUUUAGAUCUAGAGAGGAUGAUUAUGAGACAAUAGCUAUGUCUACCAUGCACACUGAUGUUUCCAAAACAUCUUUGAAACAAGCAAGCCCGAUAGCAUAAAAAAUAAUGACAAUAUGCCUUUUUUUAAUGACAGUAAGUGUGUUGCAAAUAUGUAUUCCAAAUAAGCACAAAACCAUUAUAUUCUGAAGUUCUAGCACCAAACACUGCAAAGGCAUGGCUGUGGUCUGUCUGCGCUAACAUUAUACUGUAUUUGCUGAUUUAUAAUAACAUGAUUAACUGCCAGGCUAUGAAACCAUAGUUUUACUGCCAACAUUCUGCAAGCAUUCAGCUUUAUUUCAGUCGUGUGGCAUUCAUGUGGUGUUGGGCACUGAGAACAAACAUUCUUCAGUAACCUGACGAUU